GCACGAGGCAGUAGAUGGAGAGGGAAGGGGUUGUGGUAGCAUGAGCAGGGGGGCCGUGGCGGUAGCGAGAAUGGCUGAGGAGAUCGGCAGGACUGCCUCGGCGGAGUCUUCUUCGUCCACGACGGCAUGGAGAAGGUGGGCGUGGCCGACGGUGCUCCGGUGGAUCCCGACUUCCACCGACCGCAUCAUCGCCGCCGAGAAGCGGCUUCUGUCUCUUGUGAAGACAGGGUAUGAGCAAGAGCAGGUCAAUAUUGGGCCUGGACCACCGGGAUCAAAAGUUAGGUGGUUCAGAUCUUCUAGUGAUGAGCCAAGGUUUAUUAAUACAGUUACAUUUGAUAGCAAGGAGAAUGCUCCCACCCUUGUCAUGGUACAUGGAUAUGGUGCUUCUCAAGGAUUCUUCUUCAGAAACUUUGAUGCUCUUGCUACUCAUUUUCGAGUGAUCGCCAUUGAUCAACUUGGCUGGGGUGGAUCAAGUCGACCUGACUUUACAUGUAAAAGCACAGAAGAAACUGAGACAUGGUUCAUAGAUUCUUUUGAGGAAUGGCGUAAAGCCAAAAAUCUCAACAAGUUUAUUUUGCUUGGACAUUCUUUUGGAGGAUAUGUUGCAGCAAAAUAUGCUCUGAAGCAUCCUGAACAUGUGCAACACCUGAUUUUGGUUGGUCCUGCUGGUUUCUCAUCAGAGACAGAACAGAAAUCAGAAUGGCUUACCAAGCUCAGAGCAACAUGGAAAGGGGUUAUUCUGAAUCAUCUUUGGGAAUCAAAUGUGACUCCUCAAAAAGUUAUCCGAGGGCUAGGUCCUUGGGGCCCAGAUCUGGUGCGGAGAUAUACAAGUGCAAGAUUUGGUUCAUAUUCAACUGGUGAUAUGCUGACUGAAGAGGAGUCUAGCUUGUUAACAGAUUAUGUAUACCAUACGUUAGCUGCCAAGGCAAGUGGUGAAUUGUGCUUGAAGUACAUAUUUUCCUUUGGGGCAUUUGCACGGAAGCCUCUUUUGCAAAGUGCCUCUGAAUGGAAAAUCCCUACUACCUUCGUGUAUGGUUAUCAAGAUUGGAUGAAUUAUCAAGGGGCACAGCAAGCACGGAAGGAUAUGAAAGUUCCUUGUGAAAUUAUAAGGGUUCCACAGGCAGGACAUUUUGUAUUCAUAGAUAAUCCAGCUGGUUUCCACUCAGCAGUCCUCUAUGCUUGCCGCAGAAUUCUUUCCCCAGAUCAUGCAGAGACCCAAUCACUACCAGAAGGCUUGACAAGUGCAUAGCUUGCUGCAUGUGCAUGAGCUUUGGGUUCAAUGGUAUGCAUUUACCCAUUUGCUCACUCAGUCAUACAAGAACUGGUGAAUAACAUUCUUCUUAUACAACGACUACCGGAAGGCUUGUUUAUCGAGUUGAUGCUGCUGCUGCUGCUGCUACUUCUGUCAAAUAAAGUUAGUAAUCGUUUAAGAUAAUUCAAUUUAGUGGCUGAGAUUAUUUGCUUGUGACUUGCCGAGUCUGUACUCAAAGUAGUUGUGUUCAUCAAGUAUUCAUCAAGAACAUGAACUAAACACUACUAGAAAGGACAAAUGUACACCAGGAGAUUCUGAGGGACUAAAACAGGAUGUACUUUGUCCCUGGUGGAUUCUCCGAUCAAUAAUGAACUCAUAAUCGAAUGUAGAGAUUAUGAGGGAGGUGGAGCCCCGAUUGGAGAAAUAGAGUUAGCUUGGGCAGAGAAGUGAAUAUUAGGUUCUUGAUUAACCCAUUAUGCUUAAUCAUGGUUAUAUAGCGUUUCUUGAUUUGUUUUA